UCCAGAGACUGAAGCCUCUUGACUCUCUCUCUCUCUCUCUCCAUGUGGCAGUAUCGAACUCACAGUUGCUUUCCCUUUACCUGGAAAGAAAAUCAGAUGAUAUGCUCCCAUUUAUGAACACUUUUCUCAGAUGUCAUCCCCACCCAAUAACUGCGUCUGCUAUCCUCCGAGAUUUUGUGCGGACUCUUGCUUAAACAAAAGAGCACCAAAGGAAAGAGCGGAUCAAGAGAUUCCCUCUCUCUCUUCCAUUUCACCAUUAUCUUCCGCAGCAAAGAGCCAUUGCCCCAACCCCACUUUCUUUUUUGCCUACUAACUUUGCCAUGCAAAAUCUGCUGGCAUUUGCUUGUUUUGGAUCGUAAUUUUCAGCUGUUUCCCAACCUAUAAACAGAAGAGAGUCAAUCUUAGCUGUGAAGAUAGCGUAAUCUCUCUCUCUCUCUCUCUCUCCUGUUACUUUUCUGAAGUUAGAAACGAAAACCCUACAAGUAGCAGAAGAAAAGCAUCAGGAAGACUAAUCCCGAACAACAACUGCAGGGUCUCAAGUCUCAACCCUCCGAGAUCCAGGACACACCCAUGCCAAAAACCCUUUCUUUGCCAUGGAUUUAGUUUCAUACCCAAAUAAACCCACCUAUGACAUACCCAUUGUGAACACCACCGCCGUCAUUCCCACCGCUCCAUCCGCAGCCACAUCCUCACCAUCUUCUUCUACUACUACUACCCCGAGCCGCUAUGAGAACCAGAAGCGGCGAGACUGGAAUACCUUUUGCCAAUACCUAAGGAACCACAAGCCUCCACUCUCACUCCCCAUGUGCAGUGGUGCACAUGUUCUUGACUUCCUCCACUACCUCGACCAAUUUGGGAAGACCAAGGUCCACAACCAGACUUGCCCCUUCUUUGGCCUCCCAAACCCUCCUGCUCCGUGCCCUUGCCCUCUUCGCCAAGCCUGGGGCAGCCUCGACGCACUCAUCGGCCGCCUCCGAGCCGCUUAUGAAGAGCACGGUGGAACGCCAGAAGCAAACCCCUUCGGUGCUAGAGCUGUGAGGCUGUAUUUGCGUGAAGUUCGUGAUUUUCAGUCCAAAUCGAGAGGGGUCAGCUAUGACAAGAAGCGAAAAAGGCCCAAGCCAAAGAUGAUUCCUCCUCCGAACGCAAACUAGUGGAGAAAUCAACCUAAAGAUCAGCCAAAUGGGUAUAUCUCUCAUAUUUUUUCCUUUUCUUAAAUAUUAAAGGAGAUGGUUGUUUCUUUUGUUUGUGGUGGAUUUCUUGCUAGUUGGAGGUGAUUUUCUCAAUAUACUUCCGGAUUAAUGGAUCUACUCUUGAAAUCGCUCUAAGAGAGUGGAAGUAUAAGUACUGAGUAAUGAAUUAGUGGGAGAAGUAAUGUUUAUGCUUGGAAAAUUGUUCUAAUAUAUAGCGGAUUUAUGUAAAUAUGUUCUUAAAGACACCGUUUGAUUUUAGUGUAAGGGAAAUCCAGUUGUUGAAGGGAAA